AUGGCGUCGGAUAACCAGCUGAUGGGGCAGUUCGACCUCGUCGGGAUCCCGCCCGCCCCGCGUGGCGUCCCUCAGAUCGAGGUGACGUUCGAUAUCGACGCGAACGGCAUCUGCCACGUGACGGCUAAAGACAAGGCGACCGGGAAGACGCAGAACAUCACGAUCACGGCGAACGGCGGGCUUACGAAGGAGCAGAUCGAGCAGAUGAUAUCUAAAGCGGAGCGGUAUGCGGCGCAUGAUCGCGCAAGGCGACAACUUGCUGAAGAGCGCAAUAGUUCUGAACUUAAUAUUGCUUUUGCCUUAGACCAGAUGGCUCUGUGGAAGUAUGUCGAUCAAAAAGAUCGCGAUAGGAUUAACUCCCUCGUUAUGGAUCUUCGUAAAGGGUUGGCAAACUCUAAUGCAUCCCUUGAAAACAUCAAGGCCCGUAACGCUAUGCUCCAGAAGGCGGUGAUGGAGUGCAGGCGCAUUGAGUACCAGCAGGCUGCUGCUGCCAGGGCUGUGAAACAUUGA